AUUGAUGAACUUGCUAGACAUAAUUCAAGAGCAACGGUAUUGAUACACACAUGUUUUGAUAAUUAUACGAUUCUACCCAAGCUAACAUUAUCCUUCGAAACCCUAAGCCCAAACAUCAGCGAAAUCGAAGAUCGAUCGAAUUCAGCGAGGUCCAUGUCGGUAAUAUCGCGGAGGGCAUUUGCUUCCGAUGACGCAAGAUAUUUCUCCAAGGGUUUAAGAGAUCAAAACGAAAAGCACACAGGAUGGACGGGAGGGGAGCCAAGGGGGUUGGUGUUCGAAAGGAGCAAGCGAGAACAGGGUGAGGUAGCCAGACCCCCGCCAUCUUCGCUUCCGUCCUCAUCCUUGGCCCAUAAACCCUAAACCUCGGGUGCAGGUCACUUCUAGGUUGAUGGGUGCUGAUGAACAAAAAGACAAUGGAGCAAAGAGAAAAAACACCAUGCCGACUACAGUCCUUGGAAAAAUUAUACUCAGAGGAUAAAUAUCCUAAACAAAAUAAAAUGGAAGAAUAUGCAUCAUCACUGAAUUUAACGUAUCAUCAAAUUCAUGGCUGGUUUGCUGAGAGAAGAAGAAAAGAUAGAAGGAAGAAUGAAGCUCUUCAUUCAAGUCACAGGGGAACCGCUGGCACUUCAAGAUGUGCUAUCAAGAAGAUGAAUCAACUUGUCAGACAGAAAUGUAGGUAUAAGGAUCUAGAGCAACUGAUGAAGAGCCAUUCGGGUGGCAGAUCAAAUUAUGCAGAAAAGAAUCACAUUUUUCACUUACAGAUUUUGUUCCCUGAAGACCAUAUUUUAAAGAAAAUAUUCUGCAAACAUGGUCCUGUCCUCGGAAUAGAGAUUGACCCCCCUGGAGAUGCAUUUGGUCACUCCACAGAGUUCGAGAAGCUUCAGUCCUGUCAUGACAACCAACGUAUUCCCAGAAGGAGCAAGGUAUCACAAAACUUCAAGUAAUUUGACAAGUAGCUUCUGUCCUUUUUCUUUGGAAUACAAAAUAUUAACUUGGGUAGAGCUGGGUAUGGUCUAAGUCAUAUCUAACUAAUUGCAACAUGGACCAAUUGGAUUUUCAUUUGGGCAUCUACAUGCCUAAGUUUUGGUCUAAGUCACCUGAUGUUGGAUGUUCAUUUGUUUUUCUUUUUUUGACAGUUUGCUUCAGAUACUGUGUAUAAAAAGUGCUUUUUAUGUAAGUUAUCUUCAAAAUUUAAUAUCUUAUCCUAGGACUUUUUUGUUUUUGUUAACUUAUACUUUCUUGUCCAUGUUUUGGUUACUCUCUCUGUCCAUAUAUGUAUCAAUUGUGUGCUGUCAUCUUAAUUGAUGACGAUUUUUUUUAUUUAAUUUAGUUAGUUGUCAAUGAGGAAGGUUACUAUGUCUUAGCAUCAAUCACAUAUUAGAUGAUCUUGACAAAAUUUCUCCUGUGAAACACUGGAAAAAAAAUGAACAGUAUGUUUUUAUAGUGAUAUCUUU